CGCUGCAAAAGCGACGCAGCAUCGCUCCGGAGCUGCCAGCGGCGAUCGCGACUGGAGAGAAGAGCCUCUGCCUGCCUGCCUGCCCUGCGCUAUGGACAUCGCCAUCCACCACCCCUGGAUGCGCAGACCCUUCGGCUUCCCCCCGCUCUUCCCUUCCCGGCUCUUCGACCAGCGUUUCGGCGAGGGGCUGCUGGAGUCCGACCUCUUCUCCGGGAUGGGCACGCUCAGCCCUUACUACGGGCGGUUGCCCCCCAUGCCGCAUUUCCCAGAGACCGGGCUGUCGGAGGUGAAGAUGGAUAAAGACAGCUUCUCCGUCCACUUGGAUGUGAAGCACUUUUCGCCAGAAGAGCUGAGCGUGAAAGUGGUGGGCGACCACAUCGAAGUGCACGCCAAACACGAGGAGCGCCCGGAUGAGCAUGGUUACAUCUCUCGGGAGUUCCACCGCCGCUACAUGAUCCCCAAGGGAGUUGACCCAGCUUCGGUCACCUCGGCACUGUCUCCGGAUGGGAUCCUCUCCAUCACAGCUCCUGUUUCCCAGGGUGCCCUGCCGCAGGAGCGCAACAUCCCCAUCAGCCGUCAGGAGAAGCCCGCGGUCACUGGGAAGUAGUUGGUGUACCUGCCCGUGCCAGGAAUCUUGUCCUCCUUCCCUUCUGAAGUCAGCAUCUUGGGCCAGCUCUCCCCUUGACAGUAGCCAACCCCCCCUAAGCUCUAAGGAAUCCACGUUUUGCUCUCUUGAUUCUGCUGGAGGAUCUGACGCCAGAGACUCAGUUGCCCCAGCAUGAUCUUUGAGGGCUCCUACUCCAGAAGCCGUCCUCCAAGAGUUGGGAUCUGGUCUUUUCUCUCCUUGGGUGGGGCGUGGCCCUCUGCCGCAGGCUUAACUUGUUUGUGCUGAACUCUGUGCCGUCCGUAAUAAGGAUACCAAGUUGCAUUUACUUAAGCCGUUGUAAAACUAAUGUUGAUUCUUGGUUAAUAAACUUUUUGAGGUUAA